AGGUUUCGUUUCUUCGCCAUCUUUACUUUAAUGGUUUUAAUAAGGUGCACACUUAUCAUACCCUGCCAUCCAGGACUGAUGAAUCUAAGGGAUAGAACAGAACUCUGCAUUUUGUAAACGAGCUGAUGGACGAAGAUGAGAAGGACAGGGCAAAGAGGGCAUCGCGCAACAAGUCAGAGAAGAAAAGAAGAGAUCAGUUCAAUGUCCUCAUUAAGGAGCUGUGCACCAUGCUGCAGGGUCAUGGCCAUCCUCUCAAAAUGGACAAAUCCACCAUACUGCAGAGGACCAUCGACUUCUUACAGAAACAGAAAGAAAUCACAGCACAGACAGAGGCCUGUGAGAUUAGACAAGACUGGAAGCCUUCAUUUCUUAGCAAUGAAGAGUUCACACAGUUAAUGUUGGAGGCACUGGAUGGGUUUCUCAUUGCACUUACCACUGAUGGGAUUAUUAUUUAUGUGUCUGAUAGCGUUUCUUCUCUUCUUGGACAUUUACCGUCAGAUUUGGUGGACCAAAAUAUAUUAAAUUUUCUGCCUGAGUGUGAACAGAGCGAUGUAUACAAGCUGCUUUCUCCACACAUGCUCAUGACAAACCCUGUGGCAACAGAUUUUCUGAACUCUGAAAAACAAAUAGAAUUUUGCUGUCAUUUAGCCCGAGGAAACUUAGAUCCAAAUGAACCCAUUACAUAUGAAUAUGUGAAAUUUGUAGUUGACUUCAAAUAUUUUACUCAUGUGCCUACAUCUUCUUAUAAUGGCUUUGAAUCUGCCAUUGCUCGGGUGUUCCGAUCUGCAAAUGAAGAGCAGAUCUGUCUGGUAGCAACAGUUCGUCUUGUUACUCCACAGUUUUUGAAGGAGCUUUGCAAUGUGGAAGAACCAUGUGAAGAAUUCACAUCAAGGCACAGCUUGGAAUGGAAAUUUUUGUUUUUAGACCACAGAGCCCCACCUAUUAUAGGAUAUUUGCCAUUUGAGGUGCUUGGGACAUCAGGUUACGACUAUUAUCACGCUGAUGACCUGGAGCUUCUUGCUAGGUGCCAUGAACACUUGAUGCAGUUUGGAAAAGGGAAGUCUUGCUACUAUAGAUUUUUGACCAAAGGCCAGCAGUGGAUAUGGUUGCAAACACACUAUUAUAUCACCUACCAUCAGUGGAACUCCAAGCCUGAGUUUAUUGUGUGCACCCACACUGUUGUUAGUUAUGCUGAGGUUCGAGCUGAAAGAAGGAGAGAUCUUGGCCUCGAAGAGUCAUCUAUUGAAUUAGCAUCUUCAUCCCUGAAGAGUCAUGGUAGUUACAUCGAUAUCCGUCAGUGCGUCACCAACCAAGAAGCCAGUCGUGAAAGGGUGUCUGUGUCAUCUCACAGUUCCCGCCGGUCCUCACACACAGCACUCUCUGACUCUGCAUCAGCCACAUCAUCAAUACGACACACCGAUGCCAGCACCCCUACUAGACAAUCGUUGCCAAUGGGACAGUCAGAAAAGGCACCUCUAAGGCUUGGCUCCAGUAGCAGCACACCGGGUAUAACAACACCCCAAACACCCACUGAUCAUCUCACACAGCAUCAUAUGGCACAGCCCACUGUUCCUGCACAGCAGGGAGUUAUGCCGGUGUAUCACUUUCCAGCUCAGAUGGGGAUGAUGCAUCAGCUGAAGGAACAGCUGGAGGAAAGGACGCGCAUCUUGCAGGCUGACAUCAAGACACAGCAAGAGGAACUGCAUGUGAUCAAGGAGCAACUCCAGCUGGUACAAGACUCCAAUCUGCAGAUGUUAAUGCAACAGCCUAUGCCCAUGGUCUUCAAUAGCGUACCACAUCAGAGCCCCAGAAGGCCUUCCCAGCAACAGGCAACAACAUCAGGGAACAGACCAGCCACUUCGAAGAAAUCCCAGCAACAAGGCCUAGUGGGAUCAAAGCAAUUCUGUGGCACACACUUGGCCUCUCCUCAGCAAUUCCUCAGGGAACCCUGUGUCACAUCACCCCAGGUGCAGCAGCAGCAACAACAGCAGCAGCAAAAGCAUGCCAUGAGAGGUAACCAAGUCCAGCAGGCUUGUUUGCCCAUGCAGAUGAGCAUUUCGAUGCCCCUGUACAACAACCCCAUGGUCUUCUCUCAAACGCACCCGAUCACUGUGUCUGCUCCGAUGCCAGCUGAACUUGGCGAAAGGCAACAGCUGCCAAAUUACAACCAAGAUCAGAGUUUAAGGUUUGCUCAAGAACAGCAGGGUCUGCCUCCUGCAGUACAGAUGCAGCCAAUCACGUGCACCACUAUCCGUGCCCCUACUCCGUCACCAAUUUUCACCCCUUCGGUGAUGAUUCCACACAGCAGCAUUGGUGCACAGCAAAGCCAUCCUCCCAGCACCCUCCACCAGUGGCAGCCACAGCAGGUUCAACAGCAUCACCUCUAUCUUCAGAUGCAUGGUGCGGCCGACCAGGGCCAGAACCAGCGCCUCUUCCAGCAAUCACACCUCCCACAACAGAGUGCUGCCAUGGGUUAUUUCCACCAUCCGCAGCAGCCCCAGAGCCGCCACUUGCAAGGCCAGCCCUGCGGUUUACAAGACCUGCCGGAGAUGCAACUGCCUUGAGGCCUAAAAGGCUGGAGAGAUGGUGGUAGAAAACUUGGGAUGUGCCUGGAGGCGUGUGUUCGUGCAGCAGCCAUGCUUGGAGCAGAGGUGAGACAUGGCGGGCAAGCACAGAAUGGAGGGGAGUUCUGUCCUGUAUGUCUAGAGGGGGCACGGCUUCCCCUCCAAGGAGUUGGGAAAGGAAAGGCCCUCUCAAGAGGAGAGAGAGAGAGAGAGAGAGAGAGAGAGUGUGGCAGUCAGUGAUUCUUGGAAGAACUCACCUGGGCAGCAUUGUUUGAGUUGAACAGGAUCAGAAAGCCACACCUGGCAUUGUGAACUACAUCAGCUGUAUAGAAUAUCCCAUCUAUACUCUGCAUCUAGGAACAGAGGAGAAGGCACUUAAGUCAGAAGCAAGAUUGUUUUACAGAAGUUUCCAUAUUGCCAGAAUCUGGCAGAUACAAUUCCCAACUCGUCUGACCUAGGAAAAAGAAAGAAGAAACUCAUUUUGCUCAAGUGGGGUGGGGAAAAUAACCAUUUGCAGAAGAGCAGAGUCCUUGGCACGGUCACUUUCCCAUGCUGCAAAGCCAUAUAUUUUAAUAUGGUAAGUGGAUUUCAGCUUGCAGGCUGUUUAAUAGUCAUGUUUACAUGCGGAUGAAUUUUGGAACAGAAGCUGCAUAAGUGUGCAGGAAGCAGCCUAGACUUUCCCCCAUGGACUUUUUUUUUUAAAAAAACCUUUGCAAACUUCACUGUGAACUACUCUGAACACAGACUGAGAUACAACCAUCUACAAGUUAACAUCUUUUUCUUCUCUUUCUUUUGCUACUGUGUGUUAUGUAUGUAGUAGACUUUAUUUUGAUCUAGUAGUUCACAUGUGGGUUACUGAACAUAUUCCUCCACUUUCCCCCAUACCCACAAAUUUUCCUGUCAAUUCCCAUCAUUUCUUUUUUGGAGAACAGGGGAAUGCUGCUACUGUUUAUGACACCACUCUUGCCUGAAUUUCUUCUUUUUGCACCAGCUCCUUUCACAUUUAGAAUUAUGGUCCUGUACAAAGGUUUCUCCUAUUUUUGUUACAAAAUUCAGAUAUAAACCUAUCUCUCUCUACUCCCCACUUAAGCCAAAUAUACAUAGAUUUUUAAAGAGGUGCAGGAACCUUCCCUUCCUUUUUUCCUCCCUAUUUCUCUCCAUGAAUCUUUCUGUGGGGAAUUUAUCAUGGCACCCAAAGACGAAUGCAAACUUUGUGGUUUUGCUACUUGGUGUGUUAGCAUUUGGCAGUGUGGAGAUUUCUAUUUAAUGAAGACACCUGCAAUGUUCCAAGGCAGUAGUGUUAGCAAUAAAUUGUAUUUUUGUAAAUUGUCACUUUAACUGUGUUUAUAUAUUUAUAUUUUUUUUAAAGAAAAGGUUUUAUCCCUCUGUGGGUGUGUGUUACCAAAGCGGCCCCUACUGUCUUGUGUGUUUCCAAAGGAAAAUGAAUAGUUAGGGGCAUUUCUGUGUAUGUUACGUUCUUAAAAUGUAAUAGUGCUGGGCUUGUACAUUUAAGAAAAACCUAUGCUCAUAGGGCAACUUUCACCAAUACUUCUUCAGUGGGAAUAAGAAAAGUGGGGGAGUCUGGAUUACAAAAAGAAAGUAGACAUCCAUUGCUGGUUGUUAGGAAAAGGUCCUUUUGUUCUAGGCAUGAUGUAGUUUCCAGCCCAGCAUUGGAAGAGUUUCAUUUUAGUAAAAAAAUCCAGGACUUAAAUUCAAUUUAAGAAGUUCAAGCUUAAGGAAGAGCAGUGCUCAAAAGUGUAGCUUAUUUGGGCACAUAAUUCUGUACAAGGGUUGUUUUCUCCCUUUACUUAGCAGCAUUGUCAUUCCUCAGCUACUGAUGCACUUGCAUGUUGAGGACUUGGUGUGAACAACCAAGUCUCUUCUGUGAAAUCAAAGGCUUUUACGGCUGGCAUCCAUUGUUUUUUGGUGAGUUUUUGGGCAA